UUUCUCUUUUCCUUGCUUUCGCUUCUCUCUCUCUCUCUCUCUCUCUCUUCGAUCGAUUGAAUCGGAUAUAUUUAAAGCUUUACGAGGAUCAGAUUGCCAACGAAGACCCAAUGAAUCAGAAACCAGUGGACGAGCUGAUCGGCUGCGACGCCACUCGACCACGCAAUCUGAAUUCGUCGAUCUUCGGUGGCAACAUGAAGCGAAGCGCGUCGGAGCUGAACUUGGAGGAGUUCCUAAGGCCGACGGUGGCAUCUCCAAUCGGCGACAACGAGAACCGGAGCUCAAAAGAAGAGAGAAUUGGAGAAGUUAGGGUCCAGAGAGCGAGGAUUUCCGGUGAACCCGACGGCUUCUUCAGCGUCCAAGUGCAAGAUAAAACCUUCGAAGACGUUUGCGCUGCCGCCGACGACCUCGGCUUCGGCGGACUCAGAGAUCGUCCGGACACGUUAAAUGGCUUUACAAAUUACGGUGGAUUAACAGAAAACCGAGUCUGGUCUCAAAAUGUCACGCCAAAGCAUUCCAACAUUUCAGCCACUAUGGAUUCACAGUCAUCAAUAUGUGGUCCUGCAUCUAGUUGUUUGACAUUUGCGUGCACUGGAACUGGGUCAGCUGGAAGCCCCACCUCUGCUCAUAAACCUAAAAGCGGAGAUACCCAAGCGCAGGGAGCAAAUAGUGGUUCUUCACGAGAACAAUCAGAUGAGGAUGAUUUGGAAAUAGAAGCUGGGUCUUGUGAACAAAGCACGGAUCCCAUCGACUUAAAACGCAUCAGAAGGAUGGUAUCAAAUAGAGAAUCUGCUAGACGAUCGAGGAGAAGAAAACAAGCACAUCUGGCUGAUCUUGAGUUGCAGGUUGAUCAAUUACGAGGGGAAAAUGCUUCACUGUACAAGCAGCUGACUGCUGCAAGUCAACAAUUCCAUGAAGCUGCUACUGAUAACCGGGUGCUUAAAUCAGAUGUUGAAGCUUUGAGAGUGAAGGUUAGGUUGGCAGAGGAUAUGGUUGCUCGAGGUUCUUUGACUUGUAGUUUGAAUCAUCUCCUUCAAAACCAUUCCAGUUCACCACAAUCACUUAAUACCCACAACUUAUGCCGUGUGCCAGAGGUCUUACCAAGCGUGGGCACCCCGGGAGAAGAUGCAUCUUAUGCUGGCAUGUCUAUUAACAGACAAGUAGCAUCCCUUGGACUGGAAAAUGGGGAUGCUGAUAAUGGUAGUGCCAAGAAUAGAUUGAAUGGAAACGCAGCACCAUUGCAGAGGAUAGCAAGCUUGGAACAUCUACAAAACAGAAUGAGUGAUGCUGUGAGCUGCAUAUCUGAGAUUUGGCCAUGAGAAUCAGUCAUAUAAUGUCAAUGUACAACUAGGGCUUUGUUGUGCUCUAAAAAGCUCCUAUUGCUAAGAAAGAACUUUUGUUUUGA